AUGGAAAUCCCAGAGAAAUUCGGCAGGUUUUCGAGCUGCCGGGGAGUGGCUUUCGAAAUCAAACCACAUUCAGAUCCAUUUGCAAUUUCCAAUCCCACCAUCGAUCCACCUAGAAACAGUAGAAAAUUUUGGCUUCCAUGGGGGAAUGCUUCAAAAAUUGUUCCAUCUUCGGAACUCAUGCAAAGGUCAAUGAGCCGAACCAGCAGCCAUUUCUGUGAUCUUGAAGUUGAUUAUGAUGAUGAAGAUGAUGAUACUCUUGCUGAUAUUGAAGAAGGCUAUGAAGAAGAGAAAGUGGAGACACUGCCACUGCCUCUUCCACCAGCCUUCAGUAAACGUGAACUGCCCAAAGCCACCGGCAGCGCAGCCAAGGCGAAGCCAUCGAGACUGUCGGUGAUACUUCUUGAUCAAGGCUUGUUCACUGUUUACAAACGGCUCUUUGUCGUUUGUUUGGCUUUAAACAUUACUGGUCUGGUUCUUGCAGCAACUGGACACUUACCAUAUGCAAGAAACCGAGCCGCCUUAUUUUCUAUAGCAAACAUUUUUGCUUUGGUCCUCUGCCGGAGUGAGGCGUUUUUAAGGAUUGUUUUUUGGGCGGUGGUGAAUGUUUUAGGGUGGUCAUGGGUUCCAUUGAGGCUAAAGACAAUGGUCACAGCCAAUAACGUUAGAGAACCACCUUAUGACAGUAGCUGUGGUAUUUCAUCAAUUGCAUGGCUUGUUUAUGCUUUAGUCCUCACUCUUAAAGACAGAGAAAACACUUCCUCCGCCAUAAUUGUCGUCGCCUCGGCCAUUCUUGCACUUCUCUGCCUCUCUUCUCUGGCGGCGUUCCCCCUAGUCCGCCACCUCCACCACAACGUGUUUGAGAGGACUCACCGAUUUGCUGGUUGGACUGCCCUUGCCCUUCUCUGGGCAUUCAUCAUCCUCACAAUCUCUUACGACCCGAAAACCAAAUCCUACAGCGAUGAUCUUGGAUUAAAACUGAUCAAACAGCAGGAGUUCUGGUUUACAUUGGGAAUUACUACACUAAUUUUAAUUCCAUGGUUGAGUGUGCGCAGAGUCUCGGUUAGGGUUUCUUCCCAAUCCGGUCAUGCCUCGAUCAUCAAGUUCGAAGGCGGUAUUAAAGCUGGAAUCUUGGGCCGGAUUAGCCCGUCCCCCCUUUCCGAGUGGCAUGCAUUCGGAAUCAUUUCAGAUAAUAAGAAAGAGCACAUGAUGCUCGCUGGUGCAGUUGGUGACUUCACAAAAUCGUUGGUCUCAAAUCCACCAAGCCACUUGUGGGUUCGACAGGUGCACUUUGCGGGACUUCCUUAUUUAACAAACUUGUACGACAGGGUGCUUCUAGUGGCCACCGGCUCGGGAAUCUGCGUCUUCCUCUCCUUUCUCCUACAGCCAUGUAGAGCCGAAGUCUGCUUACUUUGGGUGACAAAAGGGGUGGAACAAAAUUUUGGUAAAGAAAUCAAACAAAUGUUGUCUGGACAUCCUAACGAUAAGGUUAUUAUCCAUGACACAGCAGUGCUUGGACGCCCCAACGUGUCGCAAAUGAGUGUUGACACGGCCAAGAAAUGGGGAGCGGAGGUUGUGAUUGUCACCAGCAACCCGGAGGGAAGUAGGGACGUGGUUAAUGCAUGCAAGGGUGCUGGAAUUUCUGCCUUCGGUCCUAUUUGGGAUUCUUGA